ACAUUUUGACAACCGAUGUAUUUUCGUGAGCAAAGAAAAACAUAAACCAAACUUUGCAAAUUUAAGGUGUUUAUUUGGAAACAAAUUUGUUCGUGAAAUGUAACUCACAAUAUUCAAUUUAUAAGCGGGGAAAUAUUUUGUUACAACAAAAUGUCAGCGAAGAUAUUCAACCAAAUCUGUCGGAUUUGCACGGAUGCGUCUGGCGACGAAAUGCAUCCGCUGUACGAAUCGUUCGGCGACGGGAAAACGCCAGCGCACUUUAUUGAAGAAUGCUUCGGAAUCACGAUCAACAUACUCGACGGCAUGCCGUCAAAUUACUGCAGCAGUUGCAAGGGAGACUUGCAGGCGGCACUCCGGUUCCACGGCCGCCUGGUAGAUUCCGAAGUCAAACUCAAGGAUAUGUUUGCCGUGCCCAAGAUUGAAGUCACCGAACCUGUCGACGGAAGUAUCUCGUCGGUUUUCAUCUCGGAGGUCUACAUCAAGUCGGAAGCGGAAGAGCUCGAACCGGGAGAAGUUUCCAAUUACGGUGGAAAUUCAAGCGAAGAAGAGUUUCAGCCUAGGCCGAAACGAAAGACCAGACUAAGCAAAAGAAAGGCAGCUAAAACGGAACAACCGCCGAUGGUUUCCGUGAAGGCGGAAAUACAUGAUGAUUCUGUGGACCGGAAAGCUGCAGAAGACGUUGCAGAUGUUAAGCCGGACACUUCGAAGCCACCGAAGAAGCGCUGGACUAUGGAGUCAGACGUUGAUUCGAGCGACGAUAGCUUGUCUGAUUACGCCGACAGUGCACGCAGCUCGGACAGCGACGAUGACGAUGAAAAUGGUCACUCGUCCAAGAAGAAACGAUUGUAUUACGGCGUCAAAGCGGAUUCACAGCCGAAGAGAUGCUGUGAAUGCAAGGACCUCUUGCUGGACAGCUACGAGAAGGUUCAAGAACACUCGGACAAGUAUCACCUGCGGUAUCGCGUGACGAAUCCAAGGGAAAUCGACGACAAUCCCUUCGAGUGUCCGCACUGCUACAGGCGAUUUGAGUGCAAGAAGGAGUUUCUUCGUCACCAGCGCAAAAUGUACGUAGAAAUGUUACAUCCGUGCCCAAAGUGUAACGAAGAGUUUGCGAACCAUUACGUGAUGCAGAAACAUUUGAAAACGUACCACAAGAAAAAGCUGAUCAUCGAGCGGAUGGAGGAAUUGCGCCAGGAAUCUCACAUUUGCUGCGCUUGCAAGCAAAAGUUUGAAAGCAAGGAAGCACUGAAAGCCCACGCUGACGAUGUUCAUCUGAAGGAAAGCCAAGCGUACGACGGGGACUUGGAGAUUGAGUGUGAUGUUUGCUAUCGACGCUUUAAGACUCGCCAAUCCAUGAAGGUGCAUCAAUAUCGUAUGUUCAGAGGAAAGAAGUUUAUUUGCAGUUUGUGUGGAAAGGCGUUCAAGGAGAAAAGUUUCCUGCGGGACCACGAGAACUCUCACCGGCGGGAGAAACCCUACGAGUGCCCCAAGUGUGAUGCUCGAUUCUCCAUCAAGGGUUCGUUUGAUGCCCACGUCCGGCUGCACGACGCAAAGGAGGAGUUCAAGUGCGAAUAUUGUGGUCGCGGAUUCCGCACCAAGAGCCUGCUCAAGGGACAUCUCACCGUUCAUUCCGAGGAUCGCCCAUUCAAGUGUCAUCUGUGUCCGAUCACAUUCACGCAGCAGCGACUGCUCGAUUCGCACAUUGAGUUUCAUCUGGGCAAUAAGCCGUUCAAAUGCCAGCAGUGUCCGGCCUCGUAUCGAUACCAGCGGGACUUGCGCGGACACAUUCGCGAAAAGCACGAAGGUAUUCUAAGUUUCCAGUGUACGCAAUGCCCGAAGGCGUUCAACCGGAAGAAGCCGCUGUUGGUUCAUUUGAAGACCCACGAAGCCAUGUUAUACAAUCCAAACGUCAAACCCGUUGUCACCUGUCACACACAGUUCGCAAUCUUCCUUCUUAUUUACAUUCUAAUUGGUGAGCUUCGUCCGAAUCUUACAAUCCCAAAACGCGAUACACUGCCACGACGUACGAUGACCGCCCACCCGGGAACCCUAUCCAUGGACACAUUCCACAGCUCCUGUCGGAUCUGCUCGUCGGUGGUAGCGAGCGCUGUUCCGCUGAACAACUUCCCGGACAGCAGUACCAGUAGCUUGGCCGAUAUGCUGCGGUACUGUGUGAAUCUAGAGAUCAAUGAAUACGAUGGUCUUCCGUACCAAUGCUGUGAGCAAUGCAAAGCGGACCUGGUUGUUGCGUACAAACUGGUCAUCCGGUGCCAUCAGUCCGAUGCCAAGUUCCGGGGGUUGCUUAUGGAUAGCAAAACCGAUGCUAGGGAUUCGUUGAUGGAAAGUGAUGAGUUUCCUCAGUUGGUAGACAGCUUGAUAAAAACUGAAGUCUCCGAAGACGUGCUGAACGAUGAGUGCGUUUACGCAGAACCACUGCAGCCGGAGGUGGAUGUAAAGCCGAUUGUGAAGAAAGAGAAACGCCGUGAAGUCUCGGAAGAUAGUGAUUCCGAAGACGACGAUGAAGACUAUGCUGAUCCGGAUUUUAAGCAGGAAAGUGAGGAUGAAGAAGAGGAAACCAGCAAAAAGCCAGUAACGAAGAGAGGCCGGAGACCAGCGAAUAAGGAAAUCAAACGAUGCUGCAGAUGUAAAGAGAAGCUGUCUACAAUGGAGGAGGUGCUCCAACAUUCGCAAACGGUUCAUGCCAACACCAAGGUUACGGACCGAGCAAGAAUGGAGGCGCGUCCGUAUGAGUGUGACGUGUGUUUCAAACGGUACACCACCAAGAAAGCUCUAGCUCUGCACAAGGAGCAACUUUACGUUGAAAACGAAUUCAAAUGUGAUAAGUGUGAGGAAGACUUUAAGAGCAAAAGUCUUCUCGAUCAGCACAUCGAGUCACACGCAAGGGAAAUGAUUCAACCGUAUUGCAAUCGCAAGGGACAACUACCGCGAUGCUGCGCGUGCUACGAACAGUUUGAAAAUGACGAACUACUUAAGGCACACGCCGCAGAAAUCCACCAGCCGGAAAGUCUCACCGCAGACGAUAAAGACAAUCAGUAUUCUUGCGACGUGUGCUUUCGACGGUACAAAAGCUUGCGAAUCCUUCGGGAUCAUCAACUCAAAGCGUACCGCGUGCAAUCGUAUCAAUGCGCGACCUGUGGCCGUAUCUUUCGGGACAAAACGGCAAUGGCCGAUCACGAACGCUCGCACGAAGAAGGGAAAUCCUUCGUUUGUCCAAUUUGUGCGAAAACUUUUGUCAUGAAGGACUCAUUCCGGAAGCACGUACGAGCUCACUCCAUAGCAGCGGAUCGAUACAAGUGCGAGGUGUGUGGAAGAGGAUUCAAAACGAAUUCCAACCUGAAGAACCACCUGAUUACCCACAAUCCGAACCACCGGCCGCUCCAGUGUACGCUGUGUCCAUCAUCGUUCGCCUGGAAAACCUGUUUGCAGGCUCAUAUGAAACUGCACACGGGAGAAAAACCAUUCAAGUGUGAUCAGUGCGACGCUAGUUAUGCAUUCUCGACGGAUCUGAAGCGACACAUCAUGGCCCACCAAGGCAUAAAGCCGUUUGUUUGUACUAUCUGUGGGCGCGGAUACCCACGUAAGGAUUACCUGCGAAAACACAUGGCCAAUCACUUGACGCAGGCGUGAUUAGUUUGUACUGAUAAAGUUGAUAAAUCUUCUUUGUAAGCCCGUACUUUUGUUAAGAUUUAAUAAAUAAAGUGGUGAAAGAGCAAUACAA